AUGACUACACCUCGCUACCUCACCGCGCAAAAGAUCAGUCUUCUUGUUCUGACUCGACUCUACUGCACUUGUCCUCUCCCUUCUUCCGCCACAAUCCCCAUUCUCUCCUUCAUCUUGUCAGACAGUCUGCCCUCCACACCGUCUAGCGCACGGCCACAUCCGUGUACCACUUCUGACCAGCAAGAUGCAUCCUUCUCCAUCGAUGCAUUCGAGGGCGUGCUCCAGGAACAUGCAUCGAGCAUGCCCGGCCGGACUCUCCUCGACCUAUUCCUCAAACAAAUGUGGGAGAUAAAUUCCUUCGAUGCACUACAUGCUCUUUUUGACAACAUCCUGGACAUUGUUACUGCGCCGUCACCAGCAACACAGGAAGAAGAUACGCCAGACCGCAUCUAUCUGUCCAAAACAUCGCCUCUUGGUGCCUUUGUUCGCAGAGCACACUUGGAGUUCACGAGGCUGCAAUUCGAUGACUCGAUGAAGCUCUGGUUAUCCUUUAUCAAGUACAGAGCUCCAACAGCGCAAUGGACCAAGCGACUCGCUGGCCUGGCUUCGAGCGGCAUCGAUAUGGUCGUUGCCGAAAUGGGCCUGAGCGCAGGGGACGGUGUGUAUGAAAUCGCAUACAGACACCUGGAAGAGUACGAAGAGCAGGGUGCAGAUACAAGCCUAGACGACCUGGACCGGAUACUCGACUUCCAGCUUGAUCGACUGCAAAAGCUUGGAGACCGCGUGCCAGACGAAAUGAAGAGUCAGCUACGCCGCAUGGUCAGCCCAUCCGGACUGGUACAUCGCCAAGCGCACCUGGUACACUUUUUCGAUGCUUGGAAAGCCGGAGACUACACGUCUGCCUUUGACAAUCUGCAUCGCUACUACGACUAUGCUAUUCAGACACGCGAGAAGAUACACUACCAGUACGCCCUACUCCACAUGGCUAUUCUGCAGGCAGAUUUUGGCUGCUUUGGUGAGGCCAUUGCUGCCAUCAACGAGACGAUUGCAACAGCUCGGGAAAACCAAGACAUGACGUGCUUGAGCUUUAGUCUUAGUUGGCUGAACCACAUGGCAAAAGCGUAUCCGAAGCAGAUGAGGGGUGCAGGGUACAUGAGCAUGCUCGGAAGCGAACGAGAUGCGUUGACGUUCCUCAAGGCAAAGGCAAAGGAGGCUAAGAUGUACAAUCUGCUCAGCGCCAGUCUGCUCAACGAGGCAAAGCUCUCUCUUGCAACAGGUGACUCUAUCUCGCGAGCACUGGAACAUAUCUAUCAAUCCUCACAUCUCAACAUCAAAGAGAGUAUCAAUAGCUAUGGUAGCCAGAUGCUUCUCACAGCCACUCUCUACAACCGACUCGGCAUACCUCAUCUCUGCAGUGUACACUGCGAACUGCUACUCGACUGCUAUUCGAACCUGUGUCCCGUUGAAGAGCGACUCCGCGCCAUCGGACGCCGAGCCUUCGUCGUCAGCCAAAGCGGGCGCUACGACGAAGCCAUUUCGAUUCUCGAAGCCGUCGAGCCACCAGUCCACAAGUCGCUCAAGUUCAACCAAUUCCUCGUCUUGUGUAUCGGCCUCAUCAAGCUGAGAAACGCAAUCCGAAGAUCCGACUGGCCUACAGCCACACACCUCCUCGAAACCCUCAAGCCCAGCAGUUCGCCUUCGGCCCCGCCUCUCGACGCCGAAAUGUCAUUUAUCCAGCACGACACAUACAUUGAAUAUCUCGUCUCCACCGCGCAGUUCCCGCUGGCACACCAAGCCAUUUCCGCGCUGGCCCAGUCCCUCAAGGAAGACAAUGCCGAUGUGCACCAGCGCGUGUCCGUGCUACUCAUGCAAGCUGGGUUGUGGCUCAAAGUAGGGAAACCAGAGCGAGGUUUCAGCGUUGCGCUUCGCGCUGCGAGCGUGAGCUUCAGAGCGCGCCUGGGCUUCGCCCUCUGGCACGCUGUAGCGUGUCUAGGCGCCAUCUUGAACUCACUGGCUGAGUACCGUGAGGCGAGGAGAUUGGUCGAGGGUGUGCUUCCUCAGGCACUAGAAGGCGGCGACAACAUGCUCAUUGCAACUCUAUACUCACACCUCGCGGAUUCCUACAUGGGCCUUGUGAACCCGGAUCCCGCUGCUCCAUUUGCUGCCGGUGCCUUGGACCAGUCUCAAGCCGUUAUUACGUCGACGCCUAAAACCACCACUACCACCACUACUGCUACUUCAUCAUCGUCGUCUCACCGCUCGCGUGCCGCAAACAUUGCCAAAGCAGAACUCUACAUUGAGCGCGCAGGCGACGGUUUCAAGAAGGCGGGGUACUUGGAUGGCGAGUGUGAGCAGUUGAUGAAGAAGGCGGUCAUUGCGAAGUUGAGGGGAGACGAGCAGCUGGCUGAGGAAUGGGCAAUGAGGCAUAAUCGUGUUUGGGAAGAGGGUCUUGCGGUGCAGGAGGGCUAGGGGAUUGGGAA